AAUUAAAAACAUAAAAAAACACGAAAUAGUUCUAGUUUAUCGUCUUUUUGUUGUAAUCAUAAUUUCAGACUAUUUAAAAAAAAAAUCUUUUCAAUUUAAGGUCGUGGCCUAGAAACUGAAAAUGGCUAUUUGUAUGAAACAUUUUUGGAAUCAAUCGAGAAACAAAUUGUUGAGAUUGUUUUUAUCGAGAUCAGCAUCGUCAAAUUUUAAUGUUGGAUUCAACAAUUAUGAAAAAGAAUAUAAAAACUUCAAGUUAGAUGUUCCUGAAUACUUUAAUUUUUCAAAGCAUGUUCUUGAGGAAUGGAAAAUAAAAGAAUUAAAUGGUGAAAGACUUUCUUCAUUUCCUGCGUUCUGGUGGGCGGAUGAUUAUGGUAGAGAAAUUAAAUGGAAUUUUGAGACACUAAUAUUGGAGUCAAACAAAGUUUCAAACAUUUUAUCAGAGGUGUUUGAUAUUCAGUUCAGAGAUUGUGUUAUGGUUGUACUUCCUCAACUUCCUGAGUGGUGGCUUAUUAAUAUUGCAUGUCUUCAAACAGGAGCCAUAAUAAGUCCUGGAACAUCUUCUUUAAGAGUAAAAGAUUUUCAGAACCGUUUACUUGCCUCGAAGGCAAAGUGUGUUAUUACUAUUCCUGAACUUACAGAAGCUGUUGACAAAGCAUCUGAAGGUAUAACUUCACUUAAAAAAAAGGUUUUUGUUGAUUUCCAUAGCAACUUUGAGAGAAAUGGAUGGUUUUCUUUAAAUAGACUAAUGAAUCAAGCUUCUAAUAAGUUCCAGUGUUUUAAAACAAGAGCAAGUGAUCCUUUGGCAUGGUUUUUCACUAGUGGAACAACUGGUUUGCCUAAGAUAGCAGAGCAUACUCAUGCAAGCUAUGGUUUAGCUCAUAAAAUCACAGGAAGGUUUUGGUUGGAUUUGACACCUAAUGAUGUUAUGUGGAAUGUUUCGGAUACAGGAUGGGCUAAGUCAGCAUACUCAUCAUUUUUUGGUCCGUGGUGGCAAGGUUCUUGUGUUUUUGUCUACAAUACACCGCGGUUUAAUGCAAAAAAAACAUUAGAGAUUCUUCAAAAGUAUCCAAUAUCAGUAACUUGCUUACCGCCAACCGCUUACAGGCUUCUUGUUUUAGAAGAUAUCAAAAAGUUUUCUUUUAAUAGUUUGCGUCAUUGUGUAUCAGCUGGUGAGCCUUUGAAUCCACAGGUGAUAGAGGUUUGGAAAAGAGAAACUGGACUUUAUAUAAGAGAAGGUUAUGGUCAAACUGAGAUGACUUUAAGUUGUGGAAUGUUUCAAUGCAUAAACAUGAAACCUGGCUCAAUGGGUAAACCAACUCCUGGCUAUGAUUUACAAAUUAUUGAUGAUGAUGGUAACAUAUUAGAACCGUUUGACGAAGGUGAAAUAGCUUUAAAAUGCUUUCCAGUUUAUCCUGUUGGUUUAUUUAACAGAUAUGUGGGUGAUCCUGUUAAAACAAAAGAGUCAUUCAAAGGAAACUUUUACCUAACUGGGGACCGAGGUUAUAAGGAUAGAGAUGGAUACUUUUGGUUUGUUGGUAGAUCAGAUGAUGUUAUUAACUCAGCAGGAUAUCGAAUUGGACCUUUUGAGGUAGAAAGUGCUUUAAUUGAGCAUCCUGCUGUUGUUGAAUCAGCUGUAAUCGGUGUUCCUUGUGAUAUUCGUGGUUCGAUUGUAAAAGCCUUUGUUGUUUUGGCUGAUGAUUAUAAAGCCCACAACAUGAAUUUGAUGGUUAAGAUGCUUCAAGAUCAUGUAAAAAUGUGCACUGCACCCUAUAAAUAUCCUCGAAAGUAUAUUUUGUCUUGGUAUGACUGGCAACCACUUUUAUUUUCUGAUUGAAUUCGUUGAAUCUUUACCAAAAACGAUAAGUGGUAAAAUCAGGAGAGUGGAAUUAAGAAAAAGUGAAAAUAAAAAAUCAGGAGAUUGAAUGAAAAUUUUGCUAGAUCGAUCCGCAACCCAAGAUAUUAUACUGAAACGUUUGGCUGAAAGCACUGGACAUCAAAGUAAAAUCUAUCAAUGCCAAAUAAAUCGAUAGUAAAACAAUAUUAAUCAAUUACAAUAAUCCGAAAAUAAAACGCUUUUUUAUUAAA